ACCCCCACUCCCCCCUUUUGUUAAUUAAAAACUAAGAAGUCAGAAUGGGGACGAGGUGUCCAGCUCCCAUGGAGAAAUCUUGAGGACACCACGCCAGUUCUCUCCUGCCUUCUUUCCGAGAUGGAAAGAGGAGCUCCUAGCUCACUUAAGCCGGGGUAGGGCUGGUUCUCCUUUCCGAGCCAAAAUCCCAGGCGAUGGUGAAUUAUGAACGUGCCACACCAUGAAGCUCUUGUGGCAGGUAACUGUGCACCACACCUGGAAUGCCAUCCUGCUCCCCGUCGUCUACCUCACGGCGCAAGUGUGGAUUCUGUGUGCAGCCAUCGCUGCUGCUGCCUCAGCCGGGCCCCAGAACUGCCCUUCUGUCUGCUCCUGUAGUAACCAGUUCAGCAAGGUGGUGUGCACCCGCCGGGGCCUCUCGGAGGUCCCGCAGGGUAUUCCCUCCAACACCCGGUACCUCAACCUCAUGGAAAACAACAUCCAGAUGAUCCAGGCCGACACCUUCCGACACCUCCACCACCUGGAGGUCCUGCAACUGGGCAGGAACUCCAUCCGGCAGAUUGAGGUGGGGGCCUUCAAUGGCCUGGCCAGCCUCAACACCCUGGAGCUGUUUGACAACUGGCUGACUGUCAUCCCCAGUGGGGCCUUUGAGUACCUGUCCAAGCUGCGGGAGCUCUGGCUUCGCAACAAUCCCAUAGAAAGCAUCCCCUCUUAUGCAUUCAACCGAGUGCCCUCCCUCAUGAGACUGGACUUGGGGGAGCUCAAAAAGCUGGAGUAUAUCUCUGAGGGGGCUUUUGAGGGACUGUUUAACCUCAAGUACCUGAACUUGGGCAUGUGCAACAUUAAAGACAUGCCCAAUCUCACCCCCUUGGUGGGGCUGGAGGAGCUGGAGAUGUCAGGGAACCAUUUUCCUGAGAUCAGGCCUGGCUCCUUCCAUGGCCUAAGCUCUCUCAAGAAGCUAUGGGUCAUGAACUCACAGGUCAGCUUGAUUGAGCGGAAUGCUUUUGAUGGGCUGGCCUCCCUUGUGGAACUCAACCUGGCUCAUAAUAACCUCUCUUCUUUGCCCCAUGACCUCUUCACCCCGCUGAGGUACCUGGUAGAGUUGCACCUACACCACAAUCCUUGGAACUGUGAUUGUGACAUUCUGUGGCUCGCUUGGUGGCUCCGGGAAUAUAUACCCACCAAUUCCACCUGCUGUGGCCGCUGUCAUUCUCCCAUGCACAUGCGAGGCCGCUACCUGGUGGAGGUAGACCAGGCCUCCUUCCAGUGCUCUGCCCCCUUCAUCAUGGAUGCACCUCGGGACCUCAAUAUCUCUGAGGGUCGGAUAGCGGAACUUAAAUGUCGGACUCCCCCCAUGUCUUCUGUAAAGUGGUUACUGCCCAAUGGGACAGUGCUCAGCCACGCCUCCCGCCACCCAAGGAUCUCUGUCCUCAAUGAUGGCACCUUGAACUUUUCCCAUGUGCUGCUCUCAGACACUGGGGUGUACACAUGCAUGGUGACCAAUGUGGCAGGCAACUCUAACGCCUCGGCCUACCUCAAUGUGAGCACAGCCGAGCUCAACACCUCCAAUUACAGCUUCUUUACCACAGUAACAGUGGAGACCACGGAGAGCUCGCCCGAAGACACAACACGGAAGUACAAGCCUGUUCCUACUACAUCUACUGGUUAUCAGCCGGCAUACACCACCUCUACCACGGUGCUCAUUCAGACCACCCGUGUGCCCAAGCAGGUGGCAGUACCCGCGACAGACACCACUGACAAGAUGCAGACAAGCCUGGACGAAGUCAUGAAGACCACCAAGAUCAUCAUUGGCUGCUUUGUGGCAGUGACUCUGCUAGCUGCCGCCAUGCUGAUUGUCUUCUAUAAACUUCGUAAGCGGCACCAGCAGCGGAGUACAGUCACAGCCGCCCGGACAGUUGAAAUUAUCCAGGUGGAUGAAGACAUCCCAACAGCAGCAUCCACGGCAGCAACAGCAGCUCCAUCCGGUGUAUCAGGUGAGGGGGCAGUAGUGCUGCCCACAAUUCAUGACCAUAUUAACUACAACACCUACAAACCAGCACAUGGGGCCCACUGGACAGAAAACAGCCUGGGGAAUUCUCUGCACCCCACAGUCACCACUAUCUCUGAACCUUAUAUAAUUCAGACCCAUACCAAGGACAAGGUACAGGAAACUCAAAUAUGACUCCCCUCCCCCAAAACCUUAAAAGAUGCAAUAGAAUGCACACACACAAAAAAGACAGAAACUUUUGUACAGAGUGGGGAGAGACUUUUUCUUGUAUAUGCUUAUAUAUUAAAUCUAUGGGCUGGUUAAAAAAACAGAUUAUAUUAAAAUUUAAAAAGAAAAUCAAAGCAAAACUAUUUUCUAACUUGUAAGUUCUAUUUAAGGGGGAGGGAGGGGAAUCCUGGGAAUAUUGUGGGGUACAAACCACAAGUCAACUUGUUAUGCCGCCAGAAGGGAUUUCUGUUGUAAGGUGGAAAUUGCUAAAACAAACAAAAACAUCAACAAAUACCCCACAGCCCCAAAGGCAGGAUGUGGGCGGCUGAGGAGUAGGGGGGAUAAAUGCAUCUGCCAUUUUUUUAAGAAGAUGCUUUGUAGGAUUCAGGCAUACCCAUUUCUACAGACAUCUUUCUUAAGCUGAGAGCUGUCUUUGCAGAUUUAUCUUAUUAAAAAAACAAAACAAAACAAACAAAUAAAAAAAGCACUAUGAAUUUGUACUGUGCCAAAAUGUUGAGAGGCAAUAAUUUUUUUUUCUUGAGAUCAAGGAGAAGAGAAGAUAGAUCUAUAGAUGUAUUUUAAGCAGAAAACCACUGAAAUUCAAGUGAAUCCUUAAAGGGGCUAAGUCUCUGCCCAUGUGUACAAGUUCUGGAUUUGGGCAUUGGGACACAAGUAUUCCUUGCCCGAUAGUGCUUCAGGAUGGAGCCGAGAAGGAAAGGAGCUGGCGUAGCUCUGAGUCAAAAGCUUUCACAUUGCACCAGAUUUCUGCAGUUGGGCUGAACCCACUCUGCAAGGCAUGUGUCUAUUCAGGGUUUCCCAGGAGGAGGCCCCUGAAGGGGGUGCGGCAUCAGGGGAGGGUGGGAAGGAGAGGAGCAGCAGGGAGAAUGAUUGACGGGAGGCCAUAAAUUAGUACUGUGCCAUGUCCACCUGUUGUUCCAGGUAUCUGACAAAUGAUUGUAGACAAUGAUGGCAUUUUAUGAUUUUUCAAAAAGGUCUUGUUUGUUUUAAGGUGGAGAGGGAGGAGAAGCUGGUAGUGGGGAGCUUGGGGGAGUGGAAGCUUUUCUCAUGCUUUGGAUUUGGUGACUAUUCUAAAUGCUGAUUCAUUAGGGAUUAUUACAGUUGUCGCCAACUGGUUGUGGUGAUGGAGUGGGGGUAGAACAUGAGUAGAGACAAAAAGGGCACAGGCUCACUUAAGGAAGCCUUUCCCAACCAUGAUGCUUCACAAAAACGAUGUGAAAUCCACGGUGAAAAGUGACACGCAUGCAUAUAUGAGUGAGUUCUGUGUGGAGUCCUCUUGAAUAGGCACCAUGGGGGGAAGCUUCCCUCCCCCAAGCCCUCCUCUGAGGAGGUGUAGGAGAAAGGGUGGGGGCUGGAGAAAGGCAGAGAUCUCUGUUAUUUUGGUCCAUUUAAUGAUGUAACGUCUUUCAGUUAUUCUUCUAGCUUUAAGAGGAAAUAAAGGGUUCAGAUUUGAAAGGGGGUGGUGUGGGUGGGGGGAAUGCCAACAAAACAACUGAUUGUAAUGUGAGAAAAGUGUAUUUUUGUAUUUUAAUAAAUAUUGUACAAUUUUUAAUCCAAUGUCCCCAAAGGGUUAAAUUGAAUAAGAUCCUGAAACUAUAGAUUCUUAUGAGCAGUGACCAAAUCAUUUCUAUUUGCAGAAAAAAUGGGGGGAGUACAAGGGGGGUAGAUAAAUGUUAAAUUUUUUAAAGUAUGGGUAAAUGCUAAAGCUGUCAACAACCUUUCCUUAGCUUUAAUAAAUGCACCCCGAUUCUAGUGCAUCUUCCACAAGCUAAGUGUUUUAGUCCCUGGCUUUGUUGGGGUAUAACCAAAUUCCCCAUGCCCUGGAAAACCAGGGGAAAUGGGUCAACUUCAGCUCCUGGGACCUGGCCAGAAGUUAAAU